AUGAACAACUCAACCAACCCAACCAACGGCAUUAUGGUCACCCCGGAGAUGUGGCAGCAGAUGCAAUCAAUGCUUGCCCUCUUCCAAACAGCCAAAUCAGCUCCAGCUCCGGCUUCUUUGGAUCAACAAACUUCAGCCAAAGCGUCAAAUCAACCCUCUCAAAUCACGAGCCCAUCCAAUUUAUAUUGCAACUCGGGGUCUCAAGAAUCCAAUCAGCAGGAAUCAGAUGACAAAAGCGCUUUGGACGAUAGUGGCUUCAAAAACAAAAAGAAGGAAUCUACAGCACCUCCAAACAAGCAAUCAACCCCCAUCAUCGACACGCAAGUUGCUCAAAGCCCCUCCAGCAAGAAAGAUCAAGACCUCCUUGUGAUUUCAGAUCUAAAAAGCUAUGACUUUAGCGAGUCCAAGGACGCCCCGGAUAUUGAGGACGCCCCAGCUAGUGAGGACGCCUCAGAUUGUGAGGACGACGCCCCGGCUAUCGAGGAUGCCCCGGCUAUCGAGGAUUCCCCGGCUAUCGAGGAUGCCCCAGCUAUCGAGGAUGCCCCGGCUAUCGAGGACACUGCGGCUUUCAAAGAAAAUGAAGCUAGCCCAAGCUCGGAUCCGUCUCCAAGUCAGGAAGCUAUGAAGGUAUGA